GUCUGGAACUUAAAAAUCAUACGUUACAAAGACUUCUUCCUCAUAUCUGAUUCUGAGACUAGUAAAGAGAUUUAGGUUAAGGUAACUUGGCACAGAGCACCUAUUCUUUUAAAUUGAUUUGAUUCCUCUCCUAUACAUUCCUUCGUCUUUACAGAGACAGGGCGUCCCGAACGCAUCAAGUGAUGGCUGUUACUGUUCAGCUCAUGUCUUUGAUCAUUGGGUCUUUAGGGACACUGUCCUUCAUAUUUGGGAUAAUCGCAGAGAAUAAGAAGCCUGCAGCUGGAACUCCUAUACCCGGAAAAGAUGUUGUUAUUUGCAAGUAUCCAUCUGAUCCAACAGUGGCCUUGGGAUAUCUCUCUUUCGCAUUUCUGGUCUUGUCUUCCCUGGCAGGGUUUUGGUCCCUAUUUUAUCCUUACAAAGGAAAAUCUAUUCCUCAGUCUGCUUUGUUUCGAAGUACCAGUUUCGUUGUAUUCUUCAACAUUGCCGUGUUGAGUGCAGGACUAGCAGCUGCAUUGCUGUUGUGGCCAACAAUCACAGAGCAGCGACACUUGAAUCGCAAAGUUCAUCACAAUCUGCAGACAGAUUGCCCCACCGCUAAGACUGGUCUUCUGGGUGGUGGUGCUUUUGUUUCAUUUGAUUCAGCCCUCUUUUGGUUAGUUUCCCUUCUGCUCGCUGAUAAUGCAAGAGAGGACUACUUUGACGAGGUGGAGAAAGAUUCAAGGGGCGAAUAUGGGCAAGCUCUUGCAGAUGAUUAUGAUUAUGAUGCUCCAGAAAAUCUCAAGGGCACUGCAUAAAACAGCACAAUGGCCUUGGAGUUGUCUCUUCGGUUCCAGAUGUUUUCAUGUUUGAUAAAAUAAUUAUCAGUUUAGUUUAAGGAAGUAUAUAAAGAUGGAUUUCUUAGUGUACAAAUUUAUCUAAAUAUAUAAUUUAUCUAA